GGCAACCUGGCGAGUGCUUCUUCGUGCUGUGGCUCACGCUUUAGUACUGGAGGCCGAGACUGUUCUGGUGACGACGACCUGUACGGCGACGGCUGAGGCUCAUAGAAGAGCAACGGAAUAGGGUCUGAAGGAGAGGCUUCAAGGCAGCCCAGGCAGCUGGAAGGUGAACACCGGAGAGGCAGACUGCACUGUACAAGGAGCUUUACAAGAUUCUAUCAUAAUGAAUGGAUCCAGUGUGGUAAACACAUCACCCAGUGUAAAAUCCAAAGAAGAUCAGGGGUUAAAUGGGCAUGAUGAGAAGGAAAACCCAUUUGCAGAGUACAUGUGGAUGGAGAAUGAAGAGGAUUUUAACAGACAGGUGGAGGAGGAGCUUCAGGAGCAGGAUUUUUUGGACCGGUGCUUCCAGGAGAUGCUGGAUGAAGAAGACCAAGACUGGUUUAUUCCCUCACGAGACCUGCCUCAGGUCAUGGGACAGUUGCAACAACAGUUAAAUGGACUGUCUCUCAGCGAUGGUCAUGAUUCUGAAGACAUUUUGAGCAAAAGUAACCUGAAUCCGGAUGCCAAGGAAUUUAUUCCAGGAGUGAAGUACUGAGCUGACAGAAAAGCUUUGAGGAGGACUUGUAUGUCGCCACAUCUGGGACAGCGCUGCAUACAAAGGCAGAGCUAAAGGGGGGGGCGGUGGGCUAGGGCUGCACAGUGGGGAAGGGGAAUAGCGGUUUAACUUGACACUGUGACUGGAGUAGCUAAUGUGCUCAGUCUUACUCUGCAAGCCUGAGUGUUUCUCUUUUGUUCUACUGACUUUCAUUUUGAGCAGUUUCCUAUUAUUAUUAUUAUUAUUAUUAUUAUUAUUAUUAUGUUUUUGGCUUUUUGAGUUAAGGAAAUUGCAAUAUUCUUUUUUCUCACUUCAUCAGGAAUGUUCUGCUAUGUGUGUUUAAACAAAAUAAGCUGACCAAGAAAAUCUGGGUGUUUACAAAUGCCCUCUCACCCUGCUGUAUACUUAAAAAGGCAGUGCACAUCUAGAAAACUACUAUCGAGUCUGUUAAGCUGGAUGGGAAGAGGGAUGAGUGGAAGAAGCAAGUGUUGUAAAAGAGUCUGCAGCUCAGCUCUCCCAACCCCUGGGGGCUUCCUGCAAUGAACUGGCAUUACCAAUGGCCUGCUGAACUCAUGUCUUCCUGCCUUGAACCCUGUUCAAGAAAACACAGACUUAAGUACUGGUUUACAGUAACUCUUUUGAUGAUUGAUUAAAUUUGUGAUCAGAAGGGGGAAAUUGUGAUGGGUAUUGUCACUUGAAUGGUACAGUUACUGUUCACCUACUUCUAAGCCUCUGUUUACAGCUGCCGUCAGACUCAUCAUUUCAAGGUACAAGAGCACUAGGGUAGAUUUGCCUCUUUGCCUCUCGUGGUCCUCUAUCCCUUUCCACCCCCACCUUUCUCUGAUUUAAAAAAAAGAUAUUGUUACCAAAGGUGAGUGAGAGGCAUGCUAUGCUGGACAUAAGCUUCAGGCUGGAGAAGUCAUUCUUGAAUCCUGUUAGUUGUGUCUUAAGUUUAUUUUGACAAUUUUUUUUCACCCCUAUGAAGAUUUGAUCCUUUUGAUAUCUUCCCUUAGAAAGGUUUAUGCACUUUUACAAGUACCUAUAUUUUUUGGAAUGCUAACAAGAAGCUCAGUUCACUGUUUUGAUGCUUUUCCCACUUCAUAGAAUUAUGCAAAAGAACUAAAAAAAAAAAGCCCAAUAGAGUGAAUUCUACUUGACCCAAGUGACUGUGUGACCUACCAGGAUAGUUUCAGCAAUUACCAAAUUUUGCUGUUCCUACAUGCCCAGCUUUGCAAGUUUUCUUGAUUGGGCUCUCUGGGUUCAUUCCUUUCGUCUUUCCUGCCUGUAAGUCACAGGGGUUUUUUGUUGAAACUCAUAAGGAACCAAACUGGGCACAGGUGCUGCCUUUGUGUGAUAGAGAUGUAGGUGGGAGAGUCAGGUCUAAAGGACCGUGUGUCAGGUCCUCGCCAUCCCCCCAGGAGGAGGACUUGCAGACGCCUGAGCACAGUGGCUUCUGUGUGACCACUGCUGUGAGUGUGAGAGGCACAUCAGGAAGAGAUCAUGGAAUUUGAAAUGAAGUCUGUGAAUUCAGUAUGUGGAGGUGGGACAGAGGUCAGAAGGAAAGAACUAGGGUCUGGAAAGCUUAAGAAUUUCCUUUUUCUUAUGAGUUUCUCUGUUGACCUUUUGAACAGCCACAACCUAAGGUCAGAUUUAAAAUAGGAGCCCCCAUCUUUUUAUCAUACGAGUCUAUUGGAUGGCAUUAUUUGAAAACUGGCCUUUCCUUGUUAGGUCACAUGUCAAAGGAGAGUAACUUAAGGAGCUUGUAUUGCCAGAUGUGCACAUUAAUUCUCAAAGCCUCUACCUCGAGGGAGAGGAGCUCUAGCUUGUUUUCAGAGAGAUCCAUGAAUAAAGAAAUUUCUUUAUCCCAGCUUCGGCUGCCUGAAACAAGGACAGGGCCUUGGAAAUGCAGAUAUAGAAGUCUUUCUCUCUUCUGGGGCUGCUUUUCUUUCUGUAGUCUCCAUUAGCUUGGCCAAGCUCAGAAUUAUAAAGACUGUUGGAAAUGUGCUGUGAUUGCAGAAAGAGCCAUUCUCUAGACCCUGGAGAUCUCUAUCACAAAGAGUACAAUGGAUUCUUGUGUGGCUCCCCGUCUGGAAGGUGCUGCUGGAAUCCAGAUCUAGUCAUUUCUUCAUCCUGAAAAAGCCUUGCUCUUCUGACACCAGAACAGGCUAAGGUGCUGAGUGCUGUUCCUCUGGCGUGGGGUUCCAUUUUGGGUGUCAGUCUUCAGGGUGGUUUCACAAGGCAUACUUUGUCAGGACUUAAAUCUUCCAGCCCAGUGAGCAGUGAACCUGAGGGCUGGACUUUCCCGGCCUGUUCAGACACAUAGUAUGCUAAGUCCAGGAUCAGAAAGCAGCUAGCAGUGUGACCCCUUUUUAAUGUUUCAGGUGAUGCUUCCAGUGGUUCCUCUUACAGCCCAGCUCUGUUCUCCAUCUCUUUGGUUGUGAGGUGGGAACAGAGCUGUUACCCAGCUCACAGGCUCAGCUAACGUUAGAGUUUGCCAGCUCCUUAGCAGAAAAUACACUUAGGUCUCAUUGUAUCUUGACUGGGAAGAGCUGGGAGCCUCUGGCUAUCUCGGACUUUUCAUCACAGCAGAGGGUCUGGGUGCAAGCCAGGCUGGCACCUUUACUCUUUAAAGGUGAGGCUGGUAUUUAUGUGAUCACUCUGAUGUUGAGUUUAAGUCGUUAUUCUGUUGAAACUUUUUUUAUUGGCAACUGGGAGUUUGAGAAUUUGUGUAAAAACAGAAGAUGUAUUUUUAACAGUUGCCAACCCUGGCUGGUCCCAGUGUUAGUUUAUUAGUGGUUGAUUUGUGAUUUUUGUGAUUAUUGAAUUCUAAAAUUCCAAGAUGAAAAUCAUUUUAUCUCUUGCUCUUUAAGGCGAAAACCAUGAACAUAAAGGAAGUAUCUUUUCAGUUUCUUCAGGCCCUAGAACUACAGCAGAAAAUUUGAUGGGUGCAGCCUAGACCUAAGCACCUGCAACUUUGGGUCUUUGGCCAGUUUCUGAAUGCAGCAGUUGACUUUUGGGAUUAUAUAAGGUCAAACCGAACAAGAUCAUAAAUAAAAGCCUGGACCUUUAUAGCACCUCAGUUUCCAAAGUCAAAAUACCUGGGGAUCUUUUAAGGUCCUAAUGCUAACUAUGGCUUAAAAAUGUUUUUAGUGAAAUACUAAACAUUUUUCAAAUUGUAUGUUGCUACAAUGUCAAAGUUUUGUCUUAAUUUUGGAGAGCCUGGGAAGUAAGAUCAUUUAGAUACUCUGGAAAUUACAUGUCAGAGGAAAGUCGUUUGAAGUAGCCAAAGGAAACAGCCUGAUUGAAUCUUCCUACAUUAGUGCUGCUGCAAACACCUGUAGAAACAUUAGGAGCCCAGGAAUCUACCUACUGUGAUUGGGAGAGGCAAAUGUUUGUUGAUAGGGGUCCCAGCAACACAGGUAAAUAAUGUGUCUUGGUUUAGGUGAUGUUGAGGAAUGGAAACAGGCAGAAGAGACCUGACAUUUGACUAAGAUUUGGAGAUAUCCAUCUUCUGGGGAAGAUUGUAUAUCCCCCAGCACCUUCCUUAGGGAUUAUGCAAACCUCAUCAGUUUGGGAGGUGAGUCAGGAGAACAGGGGGUUGACCCAGAUCUGAUAUGCAUCCAGAACCUUCAUCUCCUCCUUCAUCUGCUCACGGUUCCCGAGCGAAUCAUUGCUCCCUCAUUGCUCAUCGGGAUCCUUAGCUGCUCUGGUCACCCUGCCCUGUGUAGUGCAGAGCGCUUUUUGCAGCCACUGCUCCCCUGCUGUGCGAAAGUCAUCCACAGGCUUGGUUAGUCACAACUUUGAAAGGUAUUUUUUCCCUUUGUUUUUAAUGUUCUGUCUUUAUUUGUCCCAUCUGGCAGCUGUAAUUGGUGACAAGGGACAGGGCAGUAGGAGGCUGACCAAAGGCAACAUUUGUUUUUUGCUUGCUACAUGACCUUCUGCGCACCCCGCUACUCCUGUCCCCAGUCUAGUUUUUAUAGGAGUCACAUGAAUAGGACAGCUGAGUGCACUGAUCUCCACUAGGCUUCAGCGAAGACUCUCCCCCAGAGGAGAAGAGAAAUCUGCAAAGGGGCAGGUGCACCACCUUUAUUCCAAAAGAAAAGGCCCCCUUAGAUUUUGAUGUUGCUAGGAGUCUCCUUUUUGAGACUACCUCCUGACUGGCUACCUUUUUACUUUAAAAUAAUGAAGAAACAUUCUAGGCAAUUUACUAUAAAAUAGUACAUUUUCACUCUAGCUCAACACUACAUGAUAAUCCUGACCUGUUGAUUGAACCUCAGGAAUGUUUAGUGCUUGAUGGGUGGUUUGGGAGGCAGGGUCUUUUAUUUUUUUAAAAAACUUUGAGACAUAUUUUACAUAUAAAAUUCACCCAUUUCAAGUGUUAAAUUCAGUGAUUUUAGUAACCUUCCUGAGUGGUGCAGCUAUAACUGUAACUCAGUUUUAGAACAUUUUCAUCCCCUGCAAUAAGGUCCUUCAUUUAUUACACGACUGAUUCCUGUUCCCAGCUCUAAGUGACACCACUUUGUCUCUAAUUUAUCUGUUCUGGACAUGAGGUGAACGGAAUCAUAUAAAUCGGGGUCCCUUGCCUCUGACUUUUUCACUUAGCAUAUUUUAUGGUUCAACCAUGAUUAACUUGUGUUGGUAGUUUAUUCCUUUUUAUUGCUGCAUAGUAUUCCACAGAAACACACCGCAUUUUGUCAGCAAGGAGUCUCUUAAACUUGGAUUUCAACCUCUCGUGGUCUGAACUCUCAGAACAUAGGAUGCUAGGGAAAGCUGCUGUGCACGUCAGAGGAACUGCUUAUCAGAACCAGCCUUGUCAUCAGAAGCUCCACAUAAGGAGCUUGAACUGCUGCAGAAAUUUUUGUAAUUUUGCAACUUCUUUUUUAUAAGACACUUUUUUGCUGUCUACAUGUCAGGACUUUUGAAGCAUCUAGUAAUUAAUUUAUUCUAAAGUAUGAGCAUGUGUUUGGACAAGAAAUUGAACUAUUGAUAAUACUGUGUUGGUGAUUUUUUCCUCUCCAACUGGACGAGGAGUCUCUUAACUUUCUAAAUACAGUAUUGUCUCCGUCACAAAGCGGAACCUCUAUUAAAGAUCAUGCUGCCUUUGUUGGACAGAUUUUGGGGGAAGGAGGACCCCAGCAGAGGAGUCCAGAGCAGAAAUGCAGUGCAGCUGGUGAAACAAGAAGCCCCCAGAGGGUCCGUGCAUGGCCCACCUUCUGUUGGUGCAGAUGGCGAAGCACUAGUGGUGUCCAGAGGCAGCUUAGCACUUCCAGCAGGCCUGGGUCUUGACUUUGGACCUUUAUCCCUGUUUCACAAGUAUUUAAAAGCUCUUUUUGUCCCCCUUUCCCUAUAAAUAAAAUUACAUGGUAGUUAUUAAUACUUCUUUGGAAGGGGUAGAGCUUUAAAAUUGAAAAAAAUAAUUUUCAUAAAAAUAUCAAAAAUGGAAAAAAAUUACUUAAAAAAUUGCUAUAUAAACCAAAUGGCAGCUGUUGAAAAUUUCAAUAAAAAAUGGAAUAAAAUGUACUCACUGGCAGUGGGGCCUUUUAUCAGUUUGGAUCAUUAUAUAUCAUAUACAAGUAGUAUAUGUGUGGUAUGUAUCUGUGAGAGAAUUUUUUGUCUCAAUAUUGAUCACAGUUUCAGUUGCAUAAUUUUCCAUGCUAAAUAGUGUUAUAAGGAAGCAUUGGGCGUUGGCCUGGAUGUUACAAAACGAGUGAAUUCCACUUCCACCACUUUCCCUGUGAUUUCAGUCUGAACCUCAGUUUAUUUGUAAAGCUGCACACUUCCUUUCUGGGGCUAAUGUGACAAUUGUACUGAAUUUAAUUUCAAAAUACUGCCUGGCACAUGAUAGGCACUUAAUACAUGGUGGCAAUAAUGUAUAGUUUUGAACAAAGACAUGGUAAUAGGAAAUCCUCGGGCUUAAAGGGAAAUUGACUAGCUCCUAUUUUUCCUGUUUCUGGGCAAAACUCUUUUCUAGAAUACAAGGACUCUGCAUCUGCCUUUCAACUAUUGAAUGAGUUUGAGAGGCUGCUAGGACCGAAGCACUGUCCUAGGUACCAGUGCCACUGGGUGACAAGAUGUCCCUGCUAUUGUGAAGAUUACUCAGUUUACCUAUAGCCUGAACCUCCCAGUCAUUCUCUGAGGGGCCUUACUGUACAAUACAAAGAUUAUGGGACCAGACCAUAGCCCCUGGGUUCUGCUUUGAGUGCUGUCAUUUUUUCAUCUCCUUCCUAAAACCAGGAGAAAAAUCUGAGCUGGCUUCCCAAUUUGUAACUUUUUGAAAUGCUAUAGUUAUGUAUAUACAGUGACUGAACUAUUCACAUCCUUGAAGAUGUGAAGGUAUAUGUUCAUUUUUAAAAUUUCAUUAAGCUUAUGUUAUAGAAAAGCACAGAUACUGUAGACAUGCAGUUCCAUAAAUUUUCACCAGCCUUCAGUUGGUAUAAGGUGUAAGAGUGUUUUUUUUCAUCCUUAGAGCACCCAUCACUCAAGUCAUUUGAUGAAUGUCUGCUGAAUGAAUGGAACAGAUGAGGCUGUGCUGCCCACAAGAUCACACAGGUGGACUAAGGCAGUGCUGGCCUCAUGGGAACUCCAGGUCUUGUUCUAAGCUCUCUUGCCUUGCCACAGGCAUAAUAGGCUCAGAUGAGAUGGAUAUAUAUUAUCUCCACUGCCAUGGCAGAACUGGAUUCCAUUAAUCGCUCCUGAUAUUUGAUUAGGGAAGAGUGCAAGUUUAAAAUUGAAGGGGGAAAACUCACCAAAAAUCACUUCUUUCUGCACUACCUAUGCACAAUAGAGCCUUACAAAUGGAGAGUAAACUACCUCAUCACAACUCCUUUGGCCAAAGAAAGUAGGAACACACCUGAACUUGUAUACUUUAAUAACUAAUGUUUCUUCAGUUUUUGUUCCGGUAUUAAAAAAAAGAUCAUGAUGUCCUCCUUGCACUGUCCAGUUAGAGUAGUUGAGCCUGGACAGUGGUAAGGAAGAUAAGGCUUCUAUUUUAAAGUCUUCGCCAAUUGUUUUAUUUAGAUUCUAAAUCCAAAAUACUGCUUGAUCCUGACGCUGACAUCAUGUAAAAAAUCUUCUCCAAAGCUCGCUGCUCAUUAACAGGGUUAUUGGAACAGAGAUCUAGCAAAGGCCCUCUACUGUUACCUUUGCCUGCUUUUUGCCAGAUAAUGUAUUGGGGACUUGCCAAGAGCUGGACCCCAUUGGUUCAGACCACAGCUACAUGCAAAGUGGCUGGCUGUCCCUUCAGAAGGGCCUUGGCUUGAGUUCCUAUUGCUCAAAACUUCACUCUAGCCCAACCUAGAGCUGAUGGAAUGAGAGCUGCUGCCACUAUGCUGUGAUGAAAGUGUUAUCUGGCUUGGGAGACAAAAAUAUCCAAGACCCCUUCAAGGACCUCAUCCAAACUCAUGAACUGCAGGGUAGAGCUUCCUCAAGUGCAGAUCCUGGACCUCUGCAGCAGAAAUUACAUGAGAUUUUUAGAAGAAGUGAAAAUUCCCCAUCUCAUCCUUGACCUAUUGAAUCAAGGCAUCUUACAGAGGGGGAAGACAGACAGAAAUCUGCGGCUAAAACAAGGUCUAGAAUAAUUUAUACAUGUAAGUUUGAGAACUGAUGUCCAGGAAACAAUCUAUGCCUUCUAACAGCUUAUACUCUAAACUCCUAGAGAGGCACCUACUAUUAAUCAAGACUCUGGUUUCUGUCUUCUCUAAGCAGCAUGGGCAGCAGAACAUGAAGCUUUGGGCUUGUCUUAAUCAAACUACAGUAUCCAGAGGACAAGAAUCAUGUCUGCUCUUCACUGAUGUUCAUCCUUCCUGGUGCCACACAACAAAUACAGUGUCACACCUGUCACCAGAGUCAGGCUAGUAGUCCCAGAAUAGGUAGUUAACCUAGUUAAGUUGUACCUAGUUGGCCUUGGAUCUCAGCCAUCCUCAUAAACCUCUCAACUCAUUCAUGCAGAAAAACUGCAAAAUGUGCUGCUUACCCAUAACUACCAAAUUCAGUAAGGUAAAAAUUCUCCCAGACAAUAUUUGCACCCUGUCCCCUAAAACCUACUUGGGACUAACAGGAGAGGGUGUGGUAUGCCUAAGGUUAUUCUUGGUGAUAUUCAGCAGGGAGAACAUUUAGUUCCACUGAAAAUGCUCUGGCAGGGAUCACUACCCACUUUGACAGGAAAUCGAGGUCACAGGUUAACUGCAGCAGCAGCAUAAGUAUGCUAACACAGCAGGGCAGGGUGGCACACAGAUAAAUUAUACAUCCAACUGCAGGGCAAGCAGACUAUAAUCCACAG